GAGAGAUGCUGGAAGCUCCUGGCCCUAUCAUAUACAAAACGAAACGCUAGUAAAUAUUUAUGGGGUUCCUCAUAACUAGUUUUUAAUUGUUUGGUUAGUCACUUGUUUGAGCAAGUAUUUCCUUUUUUUUUUUCCAUCACAAUUUUGCUGUUAUAAUAUUACUCCUGGGAUUAAAAAAUGGAAACUGGAGAUGUUCAUCUAAACGAGAGACCAGCGAACGGGAAGAAGCUUGAUGCUUGUUCUACAGCUUUGCCUUAACAAUACUGGAAUUAUCCGAAUUUUGAUAUUUUCCCAAUGGAAAUGCAAUAUUUAACUGUAGUAUUUAGUUUGUUCGUUUGUUGUGAACUCUCAGUAGUUCUCGCGCUUAGCAAUAAUACGACAUAUUUCACGUCAAAGAACGCUUCAUCAUAUAAAGUGCGUGAAAUCAAUACAGACGGACAUGAACGACCAGUAACUUUAAAUGAAAUCAGUUAUGGAACGGGUAAGAAACCCAAAGACGUGCUUUCAUCGACCAGGACUACGAUCAACUUAACGUCUGUGAAUAGGAGCUAUAAAACAAUGGUAGGAGCGUUUUACAGGCAAAAGGAUGAAAUUACUUAUCAAAUGGACAAAAACAGGAAAACAAAAUCAUUUCUGAGGAAAAUGAAAGGCGAAAUUCGCGUAAACCGUCGUUAUCGUCGACAGGAAAGAGUGACGGCGCGAAAUGAGUCUGACUGGAAUCGAACUAUAAAUGAAUUUGAGCGCGUGGCGUCAAUGCCGAAGCCUGUAGCGCAGAUCCAGCCCACAGACUUUCCCACUGAGAUCACGUCUAUCCCUGAAUGGGGCACCUCACCUGUGGAGGACUAUGAGGAAGUCUUCACCCCGUUAAUUCCCUUUAAUACACAGUCAAAAACUCCAGGGGUUAAGAAUCCUUUUUACCCCGUGACAGGUGAAUCGUACGGUGCAUAUGCUGUCAUGUGCAUCUCCAUCCUCAUAUUCACUGUGGGAAUUGUUGGGAAUAUAGCAAUCAUGUGCAUAGUGUGUCACAAUUACUACAUGAGAAGCAUUUCAAACUCUUUGCUGGCCAACCUCGCCCUGUGGGAUUUUGUCAUCCUGUUUUUCUGCUUGCCACUUGUUGUAUUCCAUGAACUCACUAAGGACUGGCUCCUUGGGGAAUUCUCCUGUAAAAUCAUUCCAUACCUUGAGGUGGCGUCUUUAGGAGUAACUACCUUCACUCUUUGUGCUUUGUGCAUUGACCGUUUCCGUGCCGCGAGCAACGUCCAGCUGUACUACGAGAUGAUCGAGAACUGCAUCUCCACUGCAGCCAAGCUAACCGUGAUCUGGCUUGGUGCUCUGCUCCUCGCCCUGCCCGAGCUCCUCAUCCGGCAACUGGUGAGAGAGGAGCGCGAGCCUCCAGAGGUGAUACCGUGCGAACAUUGUGUAAUCCGAAUCUCCACGGCUCUCCCGGACACGCUUUAUGUGCUCGGACUCACCUACAACAGCGCUCGCCUAUGGUGGUACUUUGGCUGCUACUUCUGCCUGCCCACCCUCUUCACCAUCAUCAGUUCGGUGGUAACCGCACGCAAAAUCCGCAAGGCUGAGCGAACCAGCGUCCGAGGCAACCGCAAGCAGAUCCAACUGGAAAGCCAAAUGAACUGCAUCGUGGUUGCUUUGGCUAUACUGUACGGCUUUUGCAUCAUUCCGGAGAACAUCAGCAACAUCGUAUCAGUGUACAUGGCUACUGGCGUGCCACGGCGCACGCUAGAUAUCUUGCAUCUGGUGAGUCAGAUGAUGCUGUUCUUCAAGUCCGCAGUUACACCUGUCCUGCUUCUGGUGCUCUGUCGGCCCUUCAGCAAAGCCUUCCUGGACUGCUGCUGCUGCUGUUUUGAGGAGUGCGGCCCACCAAAGUCCUCCGAGCCCAACAGUGAUGGCAACGAUCAGGACGGCACCACCGAGCUGGAGCUGUCACCCUACAGCACUGUAGCCCGCAGGGAUCCAUCUACCUUCCCAAUAGCGGGAACGCACUGCUAAAGUUGUACCUUAAGGGCUAAACAUUACCAAGGGCUUCGAUUUAUUUGGAAUAAAAAAGUUGAGAGAUAUUGUUUUCACAGGCUGUGCAAUUUUGUGCCGUUUCUGUUUUUACUCGACUUUGUUUUGGGAGAGAUGCCCACAAACUGGAUAUUUUAUCUUGUGAAAAUAGGGACAAAGAGCCACACAUUUAUCACAGGCCACAUGGUCUUAAAGAUGCAACUGCCUAUUGAUGUUUACAAAAGAAGACGUGUACCAUGAGUAAUUUCUUGAAAGUUUAUAGGAAGUCUAAAAUAAUUCUAAAUUAUACGUUUUCUUAUACAAUAUAUUUUUUCCCCAUUUUAGUUUGGUUUAUUUGGGUUUUUGUUCAAAGUGUCUUUGAACAAAAAAAGAGGCUUAUGGAUGGUAAUAGAAAAUGGUUGUUCGUAGUAUGUUUUGGUGUUGUGGAAAUUGGCGGCGAACUUGUGACGCUCUUCAGCCACUGGAAAGCACUGAAGAAGCUGUUUAGCCAAGACAUGUCACUUUAAUAAAAAAUAAAAAUAAAAUAAAAAAAGCAACAACAAAUUGGUAG